ACAGCAGAUGGUAUAGUUUCAUUUUUCAGUUGUAUCAUAGAAGCCUUUUAUAACCAUAUUCAAUUUUUGCUGGAUGUUUAACACUUACCUUGAUAACCAUAAUAGGAGAUAAUAAGACUGGAAUAGUUCUUGCGAGAACAAUAUUGUCAAGUGCAUUUGCAAAACCCAUCAAGCACCAUGAUGAAACUGGUUCUCAAGAAGACCAUGCCAUUCAAGACCAAGACUUACCUCUGCUUAAUUCUUAAUAUUUCCAUCCUAAUGUUUAUUAUUUUUAUUAGUUCUUCUGAUGGUUAAAAAAAGGACAUAUACACUGAUCAGCGAUAACAUUAUGACUACCCACCUAAUAUCAAGUAGGUCCUUUACACCAAAACAGUAAUGACCCGUGUGUUCCAACACCUUUCCAUUGGAAACGGCAUUUACCCCAGCAACCUUUUCCUCAAUUUGAGCUGCAGUAGGUCUAUUGAAUAGGACUUUACUGGCCAACCUUCAUCACCCUAGUGAGUCCCCAUGUGACCCUGUUGCCAGUUAACCAGUUUUCUUUUCUGGGAUCACUUCUGGUAUGUCCUGACCACUGUACCCUGGAAACAUUUCACCAGAGCUGCAGUUUUGGAGUUGACCUGAGGGGUUCUCAAUAUUAUGCAUAAUGUUAUACUGUAGCUGUUCAGUGUCAAAAGCUCUAGGUCUUCAAUAAAUUAACAACUGCUUUACAAAUGGGAAUAGUAAAUGAAUAAAUUGGGAAUAGUACAUUAAAAAUACAAAAAAUUGACAGAUGUUCUUUACACAUGUAAAACUUAGCCUGAUAUUUAAUUAUCAUGAUUACGUUCAUAAAAUAAUUAGGUGAAAUAUAGCUUACAAUUAUAUCACAAGCUACUGUUAUGGUCGAGGCUUUAAACUGUCGGGUCGUCGCAUGGCUUCUACGUCAUCAUGUAGGCGUGGCCAGAGUCAAAAGUUUAAUUUAGAUUUACGUAGUCAGCAAAAAAACAAACAAACAAAAAAUAUUAAAACCGCAGCACUGACCGACCAUAAAACGGACUAUUUUUAGGAACGUGUACUUGAUUAUAUUUUGUUUGUCGGGAUGCUGUUUAGUUUCGGUGACGGUUUAAUUCUAACGGUUCUGUUGUUUGCGUUCUGCACGCGCUUUAACGGCGUAGAGGGAAAUGAAGAAAGAUUCCGCAUCGAGGGUCGCGCGCUCGUGUACGGCGUGAGGGCAGAGGAGUGGACUCCGCGCGCGCAUGUGCUGCUGCAUGGAGAAGAGCAUGUCGGCUUCGUCAGACUUGAUGGAAGUUUCACUGUCAAUGAUGUGCCGCCCGGAUCUUACGUGCUCCACAUUGCGUCUCCGGUGUACAGAUUCGAGCCUGUCCGAGUUGAUAUCACUGCUACAGGGAAAAUGCGUGCCAGAAGAGUGAAUUACAUCAGGACAUCUGAGGUAUUGCAGCUGCCAUACCCUGUUCAGAUGAGAUGUACAGGACAACAUUCAUACUUUAUAAAACGGGACACAUGGGGUUGGUCCGAUUUCUUCAUGAACCCUAUGGUUCUCAUGAUGGUGCUUCCACUUUUGAUUAUCCUUCUUCUCCCGAAGCUUAUCAACAUGAAUGACCCAGGGAUGAGGAGGGAAAUGGAACAGUCAAUGAAUAUGCUCAAUCCCAGCCCUGAGCUUCCAGAUGUGUCUGAGCUCAUGACCAAGUUCUUUGCCCCACCUAACAGCCACGGUAAAUCAGGAACGCACAGGGGGCACAGAGGCAGUGGUCCACGCAGGAGAUAGCACAUAUGUGAGCAAGAAGAUCUUUCUCGUGCCUUUGUUUUUUCCAUUUCAGUUUUUUGUUUGAAAUGGGUUUGACACUAAUUGCCACUGACAUUUAUUGAUACGAAGAAAACAAGUCAAAUUAUAUUUAUGUCAAUGUUUUGUUAAUGUUACAUGCUUUAAUAAUGUUACUAUUUUAUUAGCAUAACAUUAGGGACAAGAUUAUAACUAUUAACUUAUUGUGUUUCUUGUACUUGUGUUUAUUUGUAUGCUAUUUAAUAACUUUGGAGCUCUACAUUAGAUAUGUGGACCUCUAAAAAGCAACAGCCCUGGCCAACUGUUCUGGAAGGUAAAUGGGUGAAGGCUAAAUAUAUCACUAGUAAAAGUAGAUGAGCUGUAAGGCAUAAUGUGUCAGGCAGACCCAACUGAUAUUGGUUAUCUGCUGUUUGUAAGGAGCUUUUUAAUGAGUGUAAUAAAUAAAUAUAUGUGUGUGUUUUAUUUAUUUACUUGUUUUCUUUUUUUUUUUUUGAGAGCUUGUAAUUACUGCAAACAUUACUAUGUUGACAAUAAAACAACAUAGAACAAUAUGUUGUGACCCGACUCAUUGACUGUAAAAUAUUUUGUGGUACAAACAUACUAC